AGGUGUGCAAGUACAAAGCGACCUCCGGCAAAAUCUGGCAGUUCAACGGCUGAUGAGAUUGUAUCACAGCAUGUCACAGCAUACUACAGCAUGUCACAGUCACAGCAUGUCACAUCAUAUCUGCCUAAAUCCCCCUUGAAGGUUCCGUGCUCAUGAGAACGCAAUUCCAGAAACCGUGAAGGUGUGGUGUGGGGGCAAGGGACAUUGACCAGGUCAUCCUUUUUGACCAGCAGGGAGGGGGAAAACGCAUUAAACAACGUGUAUCAUGUGUAUCUAUAGAUAAUUCAUGAUAAUUCAUCAUGAUAGACAUACAGUUCCGUGCUCAAAAGUGCAGCAUCACUGACUCAAACUACAAGUUGUCAUGUGGAACAUGCUCGGAACCAGUGGAGAUCUCCGGAAAGAAUCGAAAGGAAUCUGUGCACACCACGCAGUGGCCGGAACAAGUGAAGUCCGCCAAUACCGUUUUACUCCAGCCAUCUGCAGCUGGAGCAAUGCAACGUAGGAAAAGGAUGGAAAAGGUCUGGUCGAUCCAGCGCGUCCAGUGCGUUCAGAUGCGUUCAGUCCGUUCCAGUAUUUCAGCUUUUUGGAACCAGCCAGUGGCGCCAGUGGGCACCAACGAGCAUCUCGAAUAUUUUGAGGGCGCAGGAUCGCUGCACCACAUGGCGAUUAUGCGAUUGCACAGAUUCCUUGCAAUGGAGUUCCGCAAAAGUGAAAAUCCCAUUGGGGAAAGCUCUGCCAGCUUGUCCCACUGCCACAACGCAGACUAUGUUAAUAAUACGCAAUAAAGAUUUCUUCCAAACGAAAAGCUACAAGAAAGGCAGCAAUGCUUGGCACCGCUACGGAAAUUUGUCGGCUGGUAUGCAUGUAAUCGAUGCAUAACGCAGGGGAUGCAGCAUCGCCCAGUGAAUCUCUCCAGCACUUUUACG